ACCGUGUCACACAUGAUGUCCGACAGCAAAACGUACAAAUCUUUAUUUUUUUGUACCAUGAAAUCAGGGCAACACCUAGUAUCCACAAUUACGCGACCAUGACAGCCACUUUUAACGUCGUAAAAUACACUGACAUACUAUGUAGGUCGAGGUGGGCGCAUACGACAUGAUGAGGACCUGGCAGGACCGGUGUGUCCUUUAGUUUUGCUCCCCGUUAAGCGACGCCAUCACUGUUGGCACUUUCUUUUUGUUGUGCUACUUGCGUUAUUUGUGUAUGAAUUAUCGCGAGCGAACAAAGUUAGUUGCUCUGCUCCAAGCACACGUAAGUUAACAGUCGAACUGCAACAGAUGCGAACGAUCACACCGUGGAUUAGCAGCGUGCUACUUUCCUCUGUCCGUGACUACCCAAUAACAUUGCCUGCACCUCCUUCCGAGAAGAUAGCUAUUUUAGAGACAAUCUACGACGUUAGAAAGGUGCGCAUUUCAGAUGGUGAGCAAGUCAAAGAAGGUUAUUUCACACUCGAAGUUCUGCGUCAGUUUCAGCAAACCUUUGGAGAACUCUACGUCAGUGAAGUGCCAAAGUACUACGUAUCCGUACAGACGUCGCUCGUGCGCAUUGAAGUGAACGGUUCCAGAGAGCACGUAAUCAAACUCACUCGUGUGGAUCUCCUGGAAAAGAUGCCGAAGAAAGAAGAAAUCCCAGAUGCACUGGGCUGUUACUUGAGGAGCAAUGGGAAGGGAACCGCCAAAGAGCCAGCAAAUGGGACAACUGUCACCGUUCCUUCACCCCCGGAAAAUAUCACGUUCAAGUCGGACGGGAUGAACUUGAUCAAGAGAGUGGUGUCCAAUUUGGCUUCCCCCGACAAGGUGGUGGCGCGCCCAGAGAUCCUCUUGGAUCGGAUGAAGUCUCGGAUGGGGGCUGCACUGACGGCCGUGGCACAGAACAAGAAGUCGGACGCCGAACACGACAGGACAUGGGCGAGUGUGGUCACGUCAAAGGAGGCACCCCUCAACAGCAGCCCCGCAAGAGACGCCUCCCCGGCCAAGGCUGAGGUUCCGACAAAGAACCUGCGGAGUUCGGCGAGUACGAGGAAAGGAUCGCUCCGCAGCGGGAAAACCUACGGCGAAAAAGAAGCGGGAUCCAAUUUGGAAGAUUCGGCUAAGCUGCGGAAGAGAAAACGGGAGGACGACGACGCGGCCAAGACGGUCCCGGACAAGAGACCCAAGGGUGCCACUGCUCAGGGCCAUCCAGUUGGAAGAAAGUCUGGAAAGGGGAACGUCUCCGUCGGGACUGAGCCAGGCACGUCGGGGUUGCAGCAGAAGAAAAUUAUUGCGAAAAGAGUCGGAAAGGGGAACGAGGAAAUUAAGCUGAAGACGUUGUCAGAGCCGGAGUCGCCUUCCAGUACAGAAUGUAUCCCGCCAUCACCUUCGCCGGUUCCCGGUACCUUUGCUGCCAACAAGAAGGCGCUACUGCUGUUCAUCAAAGCAGAACCGAAAGACGAUCCGCACGCCAAAAACAGUCCCCCGAAGAAGCCGUCGGUGACGUUUGCCGCGGAUGAUAAAAAUCUCGUUUUCAGUCAGGAGCGAAGCUCAGAUCAACCGCGCAUGCAGGGCAGACCGUCGGAUGUUUCACGUGCUUCGUCCGCGUGGAAUAUUUCUCCGCCACUUUUGGAGACCAUGAAGAACUUUGUGCACAAACAUUUCGCUAUGUGGAACCGAUAAUUUCCGUACCUGCUGCAUCCAUGUUUGUGACAUUUUAAAGCAUUGUUCUCACAUAUUCUGUCAUGGCGCACUUUCCCAAGUGGCACUGUCACGAGCAUUUUUAAAGACAUCACCGCGCGCUUUUGAGAAUUCUGUCACGUUUUAUCUUGCCCUUUAUUUCAUGUUGUACUGUAGGAGUACAGUAAUUUUUGUAAUGACCUUAUUUUUAUGAAUUUCCUUUCAUUGAUCGAUUAUUGAUAAUUCAGUGACCAGUUGACUAGUCAUUGAAUCAUCAAAAUAUUGGUAGCAAAGUUAGAAAAAUAGUGCAAUUGCGAUUUGUAAUACACUAGUUUCACAAAGCCAAUGUGACUCAUUCACUGCAAUGAAUUGUAGCACUGUGAUUAUGUAGCACAUUUCCAACCACUGAACAUCAAUUCCACAUUCAUUCCAGCACCAUUCUGCAGUUAUUCUCAAAUUCUUUCACGUUGGCGCGAGAUUCACCGAGUAAGGGUUUAGCUCCAUGUGAGUGUCCCAGAAGCGUCGACAGUCUCUGUUGUCAUGGCACAGCCUCUCAGCUCGAGCCUUCCGACCCAGAUUAACCCCAUGGCACAACCGCAGAGACCACUAAAGUGACGUCCCACGAGAUAUUCUCCAAAUGUGCCUUCGUCGGUAUUUGUCAAGUACGAGGGUCAGUCAAAAAUUGGCCACACUUGCGCAGACUUCUUGAAACCUGAGUCUGUUAUGGAUUAUUGUUUGGGCACAGAAAUGGCUGAUUUGCAUUAUGACCUACCGCAUCAUCCACUCCGACAGAAUCGAUUCACGUGCAUUCUCCUGUAUCCAUUCAAACACACUUCUUCGUGACAAAAAAACUUUUCUCAAAAAAGUUUCGAAAGUGCACAAAGUUUUCGAUAAAAAUGAAAAACGAAUCACUGCACACCGCUCUUGCGGGCAACUCACAAGUUUGGCCGCCAACGACGACUUAAUGAUGGUUGGAGGGGGGGGGGUUCAUCGCCAGGGCGAUACAAAUAAUUUUUGACCCACCCUCGUAUUAGACAGCGAAUUGACUACUUUUAAAGUGCACACACCAUGUUGAUUCGUGCAGUUUUGCCAGUACAACAUGCUUUACAACGCAACUGCAGUGCGAGUGAGACGAAAAUACACUGUGCCUUAUUUUAAUGUUUGAUGACACAUAAAAGUGAGCUGCAAGUCGACGUGCACCACACAGAUGGGGUACGCUUUGCAGUUCCUCUUUGUUGUGAUUUCCUGUCUCAUGGUCUUUGCAAAUAAAAAUAUUCUGACUUAA